AUGGACAAUGAAAGUACCGAACCAAUCGAAUUUUCAACUCAUCUUCUUUCUUCCAUUUGUGAAGAAGCUAGUUCAGUACCAACUCGUAUUCUUAUACUUAGCACCCUUGUUGCUGUCUCUGGUUCUUAUGUUUUUGGCUCUGCUGUGGGGUAUUCAUCCCCUGCUCAAUCUGGAAUCAUGGAUGACCUCAAUCUUGGCGUAGCUGAGUAUUCAGUUUUUGGUUCCGUACUGUCAAUUGGAGCAAUGGUUGGAGCGAUUGUUAGUGGCAGCAUAGCAGAUUACGCAGGUCGUCGACUUGCCAUGGGGUUCUCACAGCUAUUCUGCAUCUUGGGAUGGCUUGCCAUAGCAUUCUCAAAGGUUGCUUGGUGGCUUUAUAUUGGAAGACUAUUGUUAGGAUGUGGAAUGGGCCUUCUAUCUUAUGUGGUUCCGGUUUAUAUUGCUGAAAUAACACCUAAGGAUCUUCGAGGGGGAUUCACCGCAACUCAUCAGCUGAUGAUUUGUUUUGGAGUAUCGUUAACUUAUCUUAUCGGAACAUACUUGAAUUGGAGGGUUUUGGCUCUAAUAGGAACUAUUCCGUGUCUUGCACAGCUUCUGAGUCUAUACUUUAUUUCCGAGUCUCCUAGGUGGCUGGCAAAGGUUGGUCGCAUGGAAAGGAGUGAAUCUGCAUUACAGCACCUUAGAGGAAAGAAUGCUGAUGUUUCUGAAGAGGCUAUUGAAAUUAGAGAAUUUACCGAAGUCUUUCAACAGCAAACAGAAGCUAGCAUCAUUGGAUUAUUUCAAUUACAGUAUUUGAAGUCACUUACUGUAGGAGUUGGCCUGAUAGUACUACAACAAUUUGGAGGGGUUAAUGGCAUUUCUUUUUAUGCAAGUUCUAUAUUUGUGUCUGCUGGGUUUUCCAGAAGUAUUGGAACAAUAGGAAUGGUUAUUGUUCAGAUACCAAUGACAGCUUUGGGAGUACUUUUGAUGGAUAAAAGUGGAAGACGACCACUUUUAUUGAUAUCUGCAUCAGGAACAUGCUUAGGAUGCUUCCUUGCAUCUCUGUCCUUCUUUUUGCAGGACUUGCAUAAGUGGAAGGAAUUCAGUCCUAUUCUCGCACUCGUCGGUGUACUGGUAUUUACGGGAUCGUUCUCACUUGGCAUGGGAGGAAUACCCUGGGUUAUAAUGUCUGAGAUAUUUCCCAUCAAUGUGAAGGGUUCUGCUGGAAGCUUUGUAACAACUGUUCACUGGCUGUGUUCUUGGAUUAUAUCAUAUGCUUUUAACUUCCUCAUGAGUUGGAGUUCAACAGGAACUUUCUUCAUGUUCUCUAGCAUAUCCGGCCUCACCAUUCUUUUUAUAGCAAAACUAGUACCAGAGACUAAGGGGCGUACGCUUGAAGAAGUUCAAGUGUCUCUGAAUCGAUAUCCAACAAAGAGAUGA